CUGCCCCAUAAGCCCACACCUACUACUACCAUUCCUACCUUCCUAACCAUUCCAUGUUUCCACCAUAGCGCCUGCCUGUCUAUCUACCUCCUUAUUUCUUACCCUCCUUCCCUAUCACUGUCCUCCUCCCGUACAAAGGAAACCGCGAUGCCGCGCACCUCCGCCCGACUGGCCGCUCUCCCACGGGGCCAGGCCGGCAUUCAGACCUUUGCAAGAGCGACCAAGCCCGGUGUCACGAGUUGCCAGUCGCACACGGACCCGAAGAAGCAACAGCAGAAGCCACUACCCCCUUCAACCUCGACGGAAACCACUACUACCUCUUCCCCCCCUACCGCCGCCUGCCUCCCAAUCUCCCCGUCCAAGAAGCGGAAACUGCAUGAACUAGAGAAUGUGCGCAGCAGCAGCGGUGGACAGCCAGGCACACAAAAGGCAGGCAAGCCCGGCCUUGCUACUUUCGGAGAUGUACCCCAAGAGGCAGCCACCCCGUCCCGGACCCUUCGCCUCGGCGAGCUAGCCCUAUCCACGCCUCGAAGCGGGCACUACGCACGCUCCUCAGCCCAUGAUCGAGAAGAUGACGGCGUUCCCACCUCGCCCUCGAAGCGGGCCGCCACUCACAGGAGGAGGACCUCGUCCUCGCUCACGCGGAAGCCGACUAUAGUCGCCUCAGACACGCGCGUGGUGGAACGUCCCGCGUGCGUACAUGACCUAGUGAGCCUAUACUCGGCAUUCCAGAAAGCGGUCUCAAUCCACAUGAUGCACAAUGGCGUAAACCGUCCGGCGGACCUGCGGGAGCUGCUGCCUAGCAUCCAGCGCAUCUGGAAGAAGCGGAAGGUGGUGGUCAAGGAUCUGCAGCGGUUGAUCUGGGUGCUGGAGCAAGAUGAGUCGACUCCGUCGUCGUCCUCGUUCAGGAUCGCGAAUUAUGGUCUGGGGAGGGUGUGCUUGGAAACGUUGAGUGCUGCUGCCGCCGAUGGCACGACCAUUUCGUCUAUCUCGACAGCAGCGCGAGGUGAUGACGACAAUGAGUCGCUGGAGCGGUUCGAGCAGACGGUCGAGCUGCUCUGGGAGAAGGCGUUGGACGCCGCUGAUGGGGAUGCUGAGACGGUGGACUUCCUGGGUACGCUGGGCGUAGCGGUGGUUCAUGAGUCGUUGGUCCCGUUCACGACGUUUCGAAAGGGUCAGCAGCGGCUGCAGGAUCUGAAAGGUGGAGUGAUCAAGCUGAAGACCGAGAACCUGCGUGCGAAUGGGCAGGAAGGCUCUACACCGGUCAAGUCGCUGGAUGCGGCAAGUACGCGGAAGAAGGGCCUGCUGGAACGGAUUAAGGACAAGCAGUUGCGGCAGGCGAAGUUGCCCCCGCCGCCGACGAAGGAUAUGCUUCUCCAGCGAGCGGCAGCGGAGCGGGUCGAGGAGGUCGCCGGUGUCUUGGCUCUGUUGCGGCCCCGAGGGUACACGGGCAACGGUGCGCGGGCGGUGAUGACGGCGCAGCGGACGCCAUUCCGCAUGGAGACAAUUGUUCAGAAUGUUAAGGAUUCCUUGCGGAACCCGGUGGCAGAUCGGGAGGUCGAGCUCUGUCUGGAGAUCCUGGCUCGGGAGGAUGUUGCGGGACAAUGGGUCAAUCUCGUCACGGUGAAUCAGCUCAGAUCGGUGGUUCUGAAGUCGUAUGCCGAUGUGCAGCCCAAGGAGAUUGCCGCCAGAGUUGCACAGCUGAAGAUUGGGUGGGAGCAAGACGAGGCUCCUAGAACUUGAGUGAUAUGUUCUUUUUUUUUCAGUCACGCAGUUGGGGCUCCCCCCUCGCUCAUUUUGGAUGUCGUGAUACCUCAUCCGGAAUGCCUGGCAUGCAGUUCCGGCGUUAUGAUUGCAUUGUUUUAGCAUUGCAUGUGUCAUUUAUGUUAGUUUAGCGGCAUUCUGUUAUGUACUACGAGUAGCAUAGCCUUGUUCUGUUGGAGAAUUAAUAUACCAACCCUCG